AUGCGUAUGAGUGGUAUUGAAGAAUUUCAAAAUGUGGCGUUGGGGCCAUUCCAAAAACACAGACAGUUAUCAAUUCGUGAAGCGGAAAUAAUAUCACUAGAAAUAAUAGAGCUCUUGUGCGAUUCUCAUUGCAAAGAUGAAGCAACACUUAAGUAUCUCGCAAGACUGAUAACACCUGCUACAUAUCAAGAUUUAUUGGACGAAAGGAACUUAAACAAAAAAUGUGGUUACCCAAUGUGCAACAGACAACCUGAGAGGCUGCGGGAUCCAUUUUCUAUUGAUUAUACUACAAAAAGGUUCCUUUGGGAAAACAACCCAUAUGCGUACCUUUCCAUAUAUUGUAGCAAGUUUCACUUCAGAUGCUCCCAAUUUUACGAAGUGCAGCUUUCAGACGAGGCUCUGUUUGCGAGGACAGGCGUUCACUUGGUACAUAAUUCACCACAAGAAAAGAAAGAGAUAGACGAGAAAUAUCGAAUUGAGCUGUUCGAAGAAUUAUUACGACAAAAAGCUUCUGAAGAUGAUAUUAAGUCUUUGAUAGCAGGUCUAAGGAAGUUGGGAAUUAAUAACGGAGCUAAUCAAGAGCACAAGGAUGACGAUCAGGAAAUGGAAGAGGAUUUAUCAAAAUGGCUUGCUGAGAUCAACAUAAUUGAAAAUGACAAACCGAGCAUUUUAGGAGAUUUGACAAAGGAUGAUGAUGAAUAA